AUGACUGAUAGUGCAAAGAAACCGCCAUCAAAUGGCGACGAUACUUCCUGCAGAACCGAAGAACAACAGCAAAAGGUAUUAUCAAUUCAAAUUCUAUUUACAUUCAACAAGAUCGAUAGAAUUCCUUACGAUUUCAAUUCAAUCUUAUUUCAGAUCAAUGAAGUACUAGCUUUAAUCUCACCAAUUCCUGACAAAUUAGCCGCAAAACAUUACUCAAACGAAUCAAUCUCGCGAUACUUAAUCUCGCAGAAAUGGAACGUUCAAAAAGCUUCAAAAAUGAUGAACGAAUCGUUCAAAUGGAGAUUACAAUACAAGCCAGAGGAGAUUCGUUGGGAACAUAUUGCUUAUGAAGCUGAAUUAGGGAAGAUAUAUAGGUUAAACUUUGAAGAUAAACAAGGACGAACUGUUCUUGUAAUGAGACCUCGUUUUCAGAAUUCGAAGUCGAUUGAAUCUCAGAUGAAAUACUUGGUUUAUUGUAUGGAGAAAGCGAUUAUGAAUCGUGAAGAGAUGAUAUGGCUAGUUGAUUUUAAUGGAUUUACAGCUUCAAAUAUUUCUCUGAAAUUGGCGCGAAGAACAACUUACAUCUUGCAAAACUAUUAUCCUCAGAGAUUGGCUACUGCGAUACUGUAUGAUCCACCUAAUAUCUUUGAACCUUUCUGGAAGGUAACAUAAUUAUGUUGAUUUUGUUUUUAGGAAAAGGAAGAAGAAG